AUGGCCGACCGAAUAGCCCAGUACUUUAUUCCAUGUGUAAUCUGCCUGGCAGUCAUAACGUGGAUCACGUGGGUUGUGAUUGGCUACUUCAACAUCGACUUCAUCCUUAAACUUCACCACAAUCACGACCAUCUUAUGAAAUUCCAUAAUGUGACCGCUAACCAUAAUUCGAACCGAAACAAUGCUGACUAUGAAAUGAUCUACAAGACUGCGUUUGAAUGUGCCAUUGCGGUGCUGGUCAUUGCCUGCCCAUGUGCUCUGGGAAUCGCUACUCCAACUGCCGUUAUGGUUGGCAGCGGCAUCGGUGCGGUCAACGGUAUCCUCAUCAAAGGCGGAGAACCGUUGGAGAUAUUGCAGAGCGUGAAAACGAUAGUUUUUGACAAAACAGGCACCAUUACAGAGGGAAGUCCGAAAAUUACAAAAAUUCGUUGUGCCCCAUCUUCAGAUGCCGAUUUGAUCGAUUUGUUUGUACUGCUGGAAGCGGCAGAGCGAAACUGCGGACAUCCGAUUGCGAAAGCUAUAAAGUCGUUUGCACAGAAAGUUCUGCCGUUGGACAGAUCCGCCAUUUGUGAAAACUUUUACGACUGUCCUGGACUUGGCGUUCGAUGCAUGAUUUCCAACGUCAGUGCUGCUUCGACUGAAGCAUUGACUGCAGAUCUACUGGGUGUAUCCAAAAGACGGUUCGUUGAAGAGGUCGAAAUUACGAAUGCGCCUUGUUUGCCAAUGCCGCAGAAAUCUGAUGCUGUAUCCGACACCUACGAAGUGAUCAUUGGCAAUCGACAGUGGCUAGUGCAGAAUGGAGUAUACGUCUCUUCGGAAGUUGAUGAUCUAAUGACGACGGAGGAACGAAAUGGGCACAUAACGGUGCUGUGCGCUGCUUCAAAAGUGAUUCGUUGCCUGGUGUGCAUAAGCGAUUCGGUGAAAAAAGACGCGGCCCUCGCCAUUUAUACUAUCAACAGAAUGGGCAUCAAUACGGUGUUGCUGACGGGAGACAACGUCAAUACGGCCACCGCGGUGGCGAAGAAGGUUGGUAUGCAAGUCACUUAUGCUGAAGUGUUGCCGAACUACAAAAAAUUGAAAAUCGAACAAAUCAGAAAGUUUGGAAAAGUUGCGAUGAUCGGCGACGGAGUGAAUGACAGUCCGGCCCUUGCCGCCGCAGACGUCGGAAUUGCCAUCGGUGCUGGCUCAGACUUGGCAAUCAGGGCCGCCGACAUCGUUUUAUUGAAGGCACAUUCGUCGCUACUAAAAAAUAACUUGAUUGACGUCGUAGUGGCUCUGGAGCUGUCCAGGAAAACAAUGCAGAAAAUCAAAAUGAAUCUUAUGUGCGCUUCGAUUUAUAACCUCUUGGCGAUACCUAUCGCUGCAGGAGUCUUUCAACCGAUUGGCAUCAGCAUACAACCAUGGUUCGCAGGAAUGCUAAUGGCCUUGUCAUCGGUGACCGUGGUUACUUCAUCGUUGAUGCUAAAGUUCUUCAGAAAACCAACCGAGAAAUCUCUCACAACCCCGGAAUACUUUGACUACCUGGCCCGUUUGUCAUACUCCGAACGACCUGUAUCUGUUGUCAGUGGAUCGGCGGAGAUAAAUCCGAAACUUAGCGAAACAUCUUAUAAUGACCUGGAAUACCCGUCGUAUAAAAGACGGCCGUUGUUGACUGCAACAUUUUUCAGGUCAAAGUUGAACGGCUAUUCUAAAGAUGCUGUCAGCAGCGAGAAACUCUUGCCUGAUCUGUGA